GAGAAUCGGGAGAAAGUGCAGUGGUGCAAUGCAAGCACGGAUGAAAAAGUAGGUCAGAUGCGUGCUCGUUCAACAGGUUUUGAUAGAAAUUGCACGUGUACCGGUAUCGUCAGACAUGAUGUAAUUGAAACGAGUUUAAUUAGAUUAUAUGAUCUGAAUAAAUUUCUCGGACAUGCCUGGUUGCGUGGCCGCGUGGUGCACGAAUUCCUCCACCAAAGGAUUCAAAAUGUGCAAUUUUCCGCGAAAUAAGGAGAGACAAGAAGCCUGGGUGAAGAAUAUGAACCGGAAGGGUUGGUCUCCGACACCCCACUCGGCUUUAUGCGAAAUACACUUUGCACCAGAUAUGUGGGAGAAGGUACGAAUAGACGGCAAGAAGAAGCUGAAAGCUUGUGCUGUACCCACAAUAUUUGUCACAAAUCGCAUAUAUUUCUUAAUGAAUGAGAAAAAUGAAACCUUAGUAAAGAAAAAGAAUACCUUAGACUCAGUAGCUAUACUCAGAAGAAAAUCAAGAUACUCCACUAAGAAAGAUGGCGGAUUGCAGAAGGAAUGUGACAAGCAAUUGCAUAGAAACCAAAUGAUAAGUAAGGAUGAAGCUAAUAACAAUAAUGCAUUUAAAAAUGUUAAAAAUAAGAGUAAUACAGAGAAAUUAGGAGAAUUGAAGAAUAUAUCGAAAGAUUCAAAUGCUCAAUCUGACUUUAUGAACAAUGGAGUAUAGCAAAAUAGGUAGAAAGAAAGUCUCAAAGAAGCAAU